CGGGGAUAUCCUGCAGCGCUUACUAUAGGUUACAUCGUAACACUUCCAUAUGCAACCCUACAUCCUCCACUCUAAAACGUGCGACUGGGAUACGCAUGCUGCUCUAGUUUAGUAUGUACCUACUCGAAAAUAGAUCAAAUGUAGUUUAAUCAGGGGGUCGGCGAGGUUCUAGAUACUGUCUAGUCGCCCCCAAACAUCGCGUUCAACGAACUCCAAUUCCUAACACCAAACCCCCUAUUUACUACUAUCGCCAUUUCAUUUCUCAUUCCAUCAUCAUGGAGCAUGAAGCAUACAUUCUUGGGCGUAAUUUCUCUGCAAAUGCUAGGCUGAACCUACAAUACUUUCUUUGGAAAGAUGCGGGCUUCUCUCUUCACCCUAGCAUCCCGGCGAAUGUUGAAAACCUACGGGUGGCGGAGAUAGGUGUCGGUACUGGGAUUUGGCUGGUCGAUUUGGCACGAUACCUUCCUCCUUCGGCUCAGAUUGAUGGGUUUGAUAUCGACCUAACUCAAUGUCCACCGAAAGAAUGGUUGCCUUCCAAUGUGGCCGUACACAAGAUAGACUGUUUAGGUCCAUUGCCUAAGCAUUUGCUUGAGCAGUAUGAUAUCGUUCAUAUCCAACUCUUCCACCUUGCGGUGCAUAACAAUGAUCCGGCGCCUAUAAUACGGAACCUGCUCGGACUUCUCAAGCCUGGAGGAUGGAUCUCUUGGGGAGAGAUGGACUACAGCACCUUCAAGAUCAUCCGCACAGAAGAAGGGAAUGAUGUCGAGGAUAAUCUAACUGCCCUUCUAGAGAUGAUAGGGACGUUAGGUGGAACGAGACCAAACUGGACAGCGGAUGAUUGGCCGAUCAGACUACCACAAUUCUUCGAGGAGAACGGACUCACCAAUGUUGCAGUUAAUAAUCGUCCGUUUCCGCUGGAGUUGCUACCUUUCCAGCUCGAUACAGCGCUCAUGGCAUCCGAGGAAGUGAGUUAUAAGGCCUUGGACCCUAUGCGCAACGGCUCUGGUGAUCGGUGCAGAGACUUGAUUUUCAAGGUCUUUCAGAACAGGCAGAAGCUUGCUUACAACAUAGGGAGAUUGACUGUUGUCGGACAGCGACCGUCACAGUGAUAUAUCAAGAAGUCAUGAUUUUAUAUAACUAGCUGAAUAGAUCGAACCCCCUUUUAAGUAUUUUGUUUUAUAUGAUGGGAACCAAGUACCUAAAUCUUAUUGACUACACUUAGUACACUUAGAAUUACAACUGGACCCUAAAAGACUUCUAGACUAGCCUCUCGACUAAGCUUGCCCACUGAUCUCAGCAAUG